AUGACGCUACGCAAGCAUCGAGAAACCGCUCGCGGUGCGUUGCAACGUAAUCGGGGUGAAGCGACCGUAUGGGACAGUCCCACGCACAUAUCAGUCUCUUUCGAAUCUAGUCGGGAGUGGUUUCGUCAGCAGGUGAAACUGCAAAUGCAACGUGGUGGCCUGUUUGAAGAUCCUUUCCUGCGUGCGGAUAGUUCCGGCAUCGGACAGGGAUUACGCGGCAACUACGAAUGGCUUCGACCUCACCAACUGACGAGCAGCCCACAAUUCAUCGCAGAUGGAAUCAGUCGCUUUGAUGUGAAACAGGGUGAAAUCGUUAUUUCGACAGUCGAUCUUGGUGAUUCCGCCCAAAAUUAUCAGACACACGAGUCUGCACAGGGAUUCUACUGUUUGCAGUUAAACAAUUCGCGUGAAGGCCUUGCAAGUGUACUGAACACCUGUGACUGCUGGUUUCUCGCGGCUGUGGCGUGCCUGUCCGUUCAUCGAGAACUAUUGGAAAAUGUUAUCCCAUCCGGUCAAUCGUUCGAUCAGCGAGUGAGCGGUGAUACGUUUCCCUAUUGCGGGAUGUUCUGGUUUCGGCUGUGGCGUUUCGGGGACUGGAUCGAUGUCGUUGUUGAUGAUCGGUUACCUUCCCGAAACCGACAUCUGGUGUUCAUGCACUCAUCCGAUCGUCGAGAGUUCUGGUCUGCAUUACUGGAGAAAGCCUACGUGAAAAUUAUUGGUUCUUACGACCUAAUGCGUGGCGGUUGCACUGCCGAGGCGAUGGAAGAUUUAACCGGUGGUCUGACGGAACUUGUGGAUCUGGGUUCGAAAACACCGCCACAGUUAUUCCAGAACAUGGUUCGUUCGCAUGCACGUUCCAGUCUGAUGGCCUGUUCGAUCGAUUCCAAUGAGAUUGAAGGUGAAGGCCCAAUGGGGCUGAUCACUGGUCACGCCUAUUCCGUUACAAACGUGUGCACGAUGAGAACGAAUCAAGGUCCCCUUGAAAUGGUACGGCUACGGAAUCCUUGGGGGAAUGAUAAAGAGUGGUGCGGACCGUGGAGUGAUCAAUCGUCGGAAUGGAAAAGUAUUCAUCCCCAAGAAAGACAACGGCUGGGAUUGACCUUCGAUAAUGAUGGCGAAUUUUGGAUGUCCUUUGCGGAUUUUUCACGGUAUUUUUCACGCCUGGAAUUCUGUCAUCUUGGUCCAGAGAAUACUAACUUUGAAAAAUCGGUGUAUGUCUCACGACACAAACGGCGAUGGGAGAUGACCAAAGAGGAGGGAGAAUGGGUCCGGUAUGCGACAGCUGGGGGUUGUCGAAAUUACGGAGAUACGUUUCACCUGAAUCCUCAGUUUCGGGUAGAAGUGACCGAUCCGGACGAAACGGAUGACGACAAUCGUGGAACUCUGAUUGUGGGGUUGAUGCAAAAGAGUCGCCGUGAUGUGUCCAUGGAGCUACACACCAUCGGAUAUGCCAUCUAUCGUCUGACCGAUCGAAACAGAGACGGACUGUUAGGUAGAGCAUUCUUCUUAUCCAAUCAAACCGUGGCCCGUUCACCCACAUUCACAAAUAUGCGUGAAGUUUGCGGCCGGCAUAAAUUGGAACCGGGCGAGUAUGUGAUCAUACCAUCCACCUAUGAACCGAAUAAGGAGGCGAAAUUUAUUUUACGCAUUUUCUCCGAACGUGCUUGCGAAUCAAAUGAAAUGGAUGACGACACGCACAUAUCGAAGGAGGAACUUACCAUCCCCAUCAAAACAAAAGAUGAUGAAAGUCUCAUUGAACGUCUCCACAUCGCAUACAACGGUGUUGCCGGCCCAUCUGGGGUAAUCGCCUAUCCGGAGCUGCGUGAUAUUUUGAAUGCAGCAUUUACCAAAGAUUUCUCUUUCGAUGGAUUCAGUCAAGAAACUGCCCGAAGUAUGGUGGCCCUGAUGGACAGUAUUUUCAAAAAGUUCGAUCGUAACCAAUCCGGUUAUAUGGACGCGUUUGAACUGCGUGAACUAAUGAGAACGCUGGGCUUCCGAGUAAGCAAUCGUGUUUACAAUGCGAUUGUGUGUCGAUACGCGAAUCGCAAGGGACAAAUUCUCUUUGAUGAUUACGUCCUACUGCUUGUACGCUUGGUCACCGUGGUGGAGACAUUUAAAGCCCAGGAACGUUUGAACGACGGGCGUGCUGUUUUCAGUCUGGAGGAGGUAAGUUUGAUCCGUUUAUCUCUUGGCAUCGAUUGA